AUGAGUGAUACCGAUCGGAUCGACGGUCUACUGGGCGAUCUACAGCGACUGACUGAGGCAGGCCGUGAUCGUAUAUUGGGUUUCCUGCCGCAAGAGGACCUCAUUGCGCUUCUCAAGGUCGCUCUUCGAGAACGAGACCAGGAUCGAGAAAACAUUGCCAUUCAGACUCAGUUGAAUCAAAGCCCUUAUGCUGAGCCUACCGUACAUGUUGCACGCGAAGAGCCUAGCAAUGUGACCAAUCGAGCACAUAACGCGGUAACUCUGCGGAACCACAAAAGACCCAGAUCCGAUAGUUCUCUGACCGAAGUCGUCAGAAAUAAUUUGAACUCAGUGGCAGUCAAGCAAGAGCAUGAGACGAUUGAUCUUGUUAGUGACGACGAGUGGGAAGAUUCCAAUAUUGUUGUCCAGCCAAAAAUUCCAAUAAAACGAGAGGAGUCUCCACCAGUACAACCUGGUAGCAGAAUUGGCAGUGUCUCGGCCCCAAAUAUAUCACCCAACCUUGAAAGGACACAAACCAUCGAACCUCCAGAGGCGCAAACUAGCUCUGGGAGUAGCAGUCGUAACAGCCUGGCUGCAUCAUCUUCUCAGUCCCCAGCAGUGCAAGAUGGUAUCGGAGGCAAUGGUUAUGGCAUGCUUCUACCAUCUCAUCCUAUCGGAGAAGGUUCGACACAAGCCCGUUUCAUCCAUACUACUGCAGCGGACUAUCAUGGACAUCUCAAUCUACCUGUAUGCCUUCUAAUCCGGGGGGUUGAUGGGAAACAGGUCUACAAGACCUUUACGGAACUACCAAACGACGUUCAACAAAACAUUCACUGCCGGUUUGCAGAAGUAUGGAGGUCACAGCCAUGGAUACUUGAUAACUAUGAGAAAUUGUUGCAAAAUCCCGAGCACUACAUGACCAUGCCUGCAUGUAUCCGGUCCUUGAUCGUUUCGAAAAAUAGUCGUCUUAGUAGCAGGUCUCUUUAUACUAUAGGUGGCAGUCUUAAGGAGACAGCGGACGACCAGUGCAUAACAGGUGGUUAUCCUUGUGCACACUUUGUCAAAUGGGCCGACGGUUCGAUGAAUAUAUGUUUCGUGCCCCUGCCCCCGGGAAGACGGGUCGGCAAGGUCUGGACUGAGCUCAGCUAUUGGAUAGAGUAA